CUUUGAAGUUGAAUUUGGUGGUUCCAUUCAUUCAUUUUCUUUGAAUAUAAGAAACUUGGGGAGGUGCUUAGAAUAGUAUCACAAUGAAUCUAGUUUGGGUCGUUUCAAUACUCAUUAUCUGCAUACCAGGCUCCACAGAAGGGGCCUCAAGACCUGCUGCCGUGAACGUUGGAGCUAUGUGCACAGUAGGCACCAUCAAUGGAAGAGUCUCAAAGAUUGCCAUUGAGGCUGCUGUGAAUGAUGUGAACUCUGAUCCAACCAUUCUAGGUGGAACUAAAUUAUCUAUAACUUUUCAUGAUUCAAACUUUAGUGGAUUUCUUGGCAUCAUUGGAGCAUUGAAGUUCAUGGAGUCUGAUACAGUAGCUAUAAUUGGUCCACAAACUGCUGUGAUGGCUCAUACACUCUCACAUCUUGCAAAUGAACUUCAUGUCCCUCUAUUGUCAUUCACAGCGCUGGACCCCACCUUAUCAAGUCUGCAGUACCCUUACUUUGUUCAAACUGCACCCAAUGAUCUGUUCCAGAUGGCUGCUAUUGCAGACAUGGUUAGUUAUUUCGGUUGGACAGAGGUGGCUGCAAUUUUCACUGAUGAUGACAGCGGUCGAAAUGGUGUUGCUGCAUUAGGUGAUAAACUUGCAGAAAAACGCCACAAGAUUUGUUACAAGGCAGCACUGCCACCUGACCCAAAAGCAACUAGAGAUGAUGUUAAAAAUCAGUUGGUAAUGAUUCAAAUGAUGGAGUCUCGAGUGAUUGUUCUACACACAUUCGCCAAAUCAGGUCUCGUAGUUUUUGAUGUCGCCCAGGAACUUGGGAUGAUGGAGAGUGGAUAUGUAUGGAUAGCUACUGCUUGGCUAUCCACUGUUUUAGAUUCAACUUCACCUCUUUCUUCAAAGACUGCCAACUCUAUCCAAGGUGCUCUCACUCUUAGACCACACACACCAGACUCAGAAAGAAAAAGGGCUUUUAUAUCAAGGUGGAACAAGUUGAGUAAUGGCUCUAUUGGGUUGAACCCUUAUGGUCUAUAUGCCUAUGACACUGUCUGGAUGCUUGCUCAUGCUAUAAAUUUGCUUUUGGAUCAAGGGGGCACCAUUUCCUUUUCCAACAUCACUAGUCUAGGUGGUCCUAAGGGAGGAGGGACUGUGAACCUUGGUGCAUUGAGCAUUUUUCAUGGUGGGAAGCAGUUGCUGGACAACAUAUUGCAAACCAAUACGACCGGCCUGACUGGUCCUAUAGCAUUUCAUCCAGAUAGAUCUCCACUGAAUCCUGCAUAUGAUCUCAUUAACAUAAUUGAAAAUGGAUAUCAAAGAAUUGGAUACUGGUCUAACUAUUCCGGGAUAUCUGUUGUGCCCCCUGAGACAUCAUCAAACUGGUCUUCUUUGAACCAACACUUACCCACUGUUGUAUGGCCUGGAGGGACAACUGUCAAGCCUCGUGGGUGGGUUUUUCCAAACAAUGGAAAGCAAUUAAGAAUUGGAGUACCUAAUCGAGUUAGCUAUCGAGACUUUGUAUCACGAAGAAAUGGUACUGAUAUAGUUGAAGGAUACUGCAUUGAUAUAUUCCUUGCAGCUAUAAAGUUGCUUCCAUAUGCAGUUCCAUAUGAGUUUGUUCUGUUUGGUGAUGGUCUCAAGAACCCGAGCUACUACGAGUUUGUAAACAUGAUUGCAUCAGGAAAGUUUGAUGCUGCUGUAGGUGACAUUGCCAUCGUCACCAACCGGACAAAGAUUGUGGAUUUCACUCAGCCAUAUAUAGAGUCAGGGCUAGUUGUGGUGGCUCCAGUUAGGAGGUUAAAUUCGAGAGCUUGGGCAUUCUUAAAGCCAUUUAGUCCACUGAUGUGGGCUGUCACAGCAGCUUUCUUCCUGAUCAUUGGAUUUGUCAUGUGGAUUUUGGAACAUAGAAUAAAUGAUGAGUUCAGGGGCCCUCCUAGGAAACAGAUUGUUACAAUCUUAUGGUUUAGCUUCUCUACCAUGUUUUUUGCUCAUAGAGAAAAUACGGUGAGCACACUAGGUCGGAUGGUGCUGAUCAUCUGGCUUUUUAUAGUCCUAAUAAUCAACUCAAGUUAUACAGCUAGCCUGACAUCAAUGCUCACAGUACAACAACUAGAAUCCCCCAUUACUGGAAUUGAUACCUUGGUAACGAGCACCGAACAUAUAGGAUACCAAAUAGGGUCUUUUGCUCAAAACUAUUUGGUUGAGGAGCUCAACAUCCCAAGAUCUAGGCUAGUUCCUCUUGGCUCACCAGAAGCAUAUGCAGACGCCCUUAAGAAAAGAACUGUUGCUGCUGUGGUUGAUGAAAAAGCAUAUAUAGAACUCUUCCUCUCAGAAAACUGCAUGUUCUCAAUUAGGGGGCAGGAGUUCACCAAAAGCGGGUGGGGAUUUGCAUUUCCAAGAGACUCUCCUCUAACCGUUGAUAUGUCAAACGCCAUUCUCACACUGUCAGAGAACGGCGAUCUUCAGAAAAUUCAUGACAAAUGGUUGUCAAGAAAAACCUGUGCACAGACCUCUGACCUCAUAUCAGACCAGCUUCAACUACAAAGUUUCUGGGGACUUUUCCUUAUCUGUGGCAUUGCAUGCCUUAUUGCUUUCUUCAUUCACUUUCUGUUGGCACUACGCCAGUUCAGCCGGCAUUCCCCCGAAGCUGAAGAUCAAACUGAGCCUUCCAGCCAUAGCAGGAGAACCUCCGGCUCUGCGCGCCUCCACACGUUCCUGUCCUUCAUCGACGAAAAGGCAGACGAAUCAAAGAACAAUAACAAGACAAAAAGAAAACGCAAGGAGAUGAUGGUAUCAAAUGGGAAGGAGAAUUGUGAAAAUGACUCGAGGAAUAUAUCCAAGAGAAUACAAAUCAACAACUCUCGAGAUACACAACAAUGCUGACAAUGACACUUGGCUAACUCGUUAAACAUCAUCAAGCCACCUUUCUAAUGAUAAUAAGUUAAUUAAUCAUACCAUAUCAUGUUCUCUCACUCUUUUGUGUUAAUUAUUAAUAGAAAA